AUGCUGUCUGAGUGUCUCAAGGUUGGUCACCCACUACCAACUGAGACCGUGACUGGAACAAGCACCGGAAACACUAUUACAACCUCUUCUGGCCCUGAUGGCUCUGCAGCGACUACGACUACGAGUGAUGGUACAAGUGCGGCAACGGGUGUGGCUACGAGUGCAGGUGCUAUUGCUACUGUUAUAGCUACGACAACUGGUACUGGCUCCUCUCAUCCAUCGCCGUCCACAGGAACUGGGAGUCAGAUGGUGAUGACACUCGGAGCCUUUUUGUGCAUGUCGUAG